AUGAAGGCCCUGCUCCUCAGCUUCAGUGUUGGCCUUGUUGCUGCCCUGCAGGCCCAGGCCUUCCCGGCCUCCUCGGAGGAGCCUCAGGAUGCACCAGAAAAGUGGUAUUUGAAAGCCAUCGCAUCUGAUGACAAUGUGAUUCCUGCAAGGAACAUGGGGUCUGUGUCUGUGACCCCCCUGACCAUCAAGAACCUGGAGGAUGGGAGCCUGAAAGUCAAGUUCACUGCACUAAUUGCAGGUCAUUGCCAGGAGAUUAACGUCAUUCUGGAGAAAACGGACGAGCCGGGCAAAUACGUGGCCUAUGGGGGUGACUAUGUGAUUCGCGUAGUGAAAUCUCCAGUCGAGGAUGACUACAUCUUGUUCUGCGAGUGGAGUGAUGAGAUGCAUGGCCCUCUGUUCCACAUGGCAAAGCUUGUGGGCAGACACCCUGAAAUCAACCAGGAGGCCCUGAGGAGCUUUGAGAUCAUCGCAAGAGCCCAACACCUCCACACAGGGAACAUCUUCAUCCCCAAGCAAAUGGCUACCUGCUCUCCAGAAAGCAAUUAGGAUAUAGACGCCUGUAGACAGCCAGGGCAUUGAAGUACGACCAUUGUCCUUUGCUUAGAUCUGUUGGCCGAAGCCCGUGAGGUCCAGCAUUCUCUACUGCAGUCUCCGCAUCCUGUCCCCACCCUCCUUUCCAGGUCAUGGGCACGUGGCUCUGAAAGCAUCCCAUAGUAGCGCACCACGGGGACCACCUGACCUGUAGGACAAGACCUCCCUCCGUGUGACGGCACCAU